GUCAGGAGUCGCGGGAGGACGAGCAUCGGAGGAGAAGCGGAGAGAUGUCCACCCUGGGCUGGUGGCGCCGCCGGGCGCCUGGUUCAGUGUGGGUGCACUAGACUGCCGACCCUGGUCGGGGUGUGUGCGUAGAGUGCGGUGCUCCGGGAGCUCUCCCUUCUUGAUCUUCUAUCCUUCUUGGAGACAACUGGCAAGAGGAAGACUAACUAGGUCCUCCAGCAGCUAGGUGGCUGGUCCAGGCAGACCUUCCCAGCAAGGGGAGAUCAGCUGAUCAUCCCCGAAACGCUCAAGCCCUUGGGUGUGAGCAAAACAGACAACUGUGAGAAACCCACCAUUCCGUUGGAGAGUUUCAAGAUGUACCAUCACGAAGACGACACCAACAGUGACAUGAACAGUGACGACGACAUGAGCCGAAGUGGGAGAGAAACCCCACCCCCUCGACCAUCUCAUGCUUUUGGCAGUGAGCGAGACCUGGAGCGCAGGGGCAGAAGCAGAGAUGUGGAGCCUCGAGACCGCUGGCCACACACCAGGAAUCCCAGAAGCAGGCUGCCUCAACGGGAUCUUUCUCUUCCUGUGAUGUCAAGACCACAUUUUGGACUGGAAAGAGAUGAUGACAGACGUUCCAUGGAUUAUGAGUCUCGAUCCCAGGAUGCUGAGUCAUACCAGAAUGUUGUGGAACUCAAAGAGGACAAGAAGCCUCAGAAUCCAAUUCAAGACAACCUGGAGAACUACAGAAAGCUGCUCUCACUGGGAGUCCAGCUCGCCGAAGAUGACCGACACUCUCACAUGACACAAGGCCACUCAUCGAGGUCCAAGAGAACUGCCUACCCAAGCACCAGCCGAGGUCUGAAACCCACGCCUGACGCCAAAAAGCCAUCCCACAGGCGUGGAAUCUGUGAGGACGAAUCUUCUCAUGGAGUGAUCAUGGAAAAAUUCAUCAAGGACGUGUCUCGCAACCCCAGAUCCGGAAGAGCAAGAGAGCUGAACGGGCGUCCUCCUCCGAGGUUCCCUAGGCCUAACGACAACUGGAAGGACAGUUCCUCCAGCAGAAGAGAGUCAGUGAUCCAGGAGAGGGGUUAUGAAGGGAGCGCAUUUAGGGGAGGCUUCCGGUUCAACGCAGACCUGGCUUCCAGAAGCAGAGCUCUAGAAAGGAAGAGGCGCUACCACUUUGAUUCUGAUGAGAGGGGUUCAGGUCAUGAACAUAAAAGCUGUGUGAGGAAGAAGCCUUUUGAGUGUGGUACUGAGAUGAGACAGGCUAUGAGCAUGGGCAACCUGAGCAGCCCUUCCUUCUCUGAGUCGCAGUCAAUCGAUUUUGGGGCAAACCCCUAUGUGUGUGAUGAGUGCGGGAGGCAGUUCAGUGUCAUCUCUGAGUUUGUUGAGCACCAGAUCAUGCACACUAGGGAGAACCUCUAUGAAUAUGGAGAGUCCUUUAUUCAUAGCGUGGCUGUCAAUGAGGUGCAAAAAGGUCAGGGUGGGGGGAAACGCUUUGAGUGUAAGGAAUGUGGAGAAACCUUCAGUAGGAGUGCUGCCCUGGCAGAGCACCGCCAAAUCCAUGCUAGAGAAUAUCUUGCAGAAUGUAGAGAUCAGGAGGAUGACGAGACCAUCAUGCCUAGCCCGACCUUUAGUGAGCUGCAGAAGAUGUAUGGCAAAGAUAAGUUCUAUGAGUGCAAGGUGUGCAAGGAGACCUUUCUGCACAGUUCUGCCCUGAUUGAGCACCAGAAAAUCCAUGGUAGAGGCAACUCGGAUGACAGAGAUAAUGAGCGUGAACGCGAACGUGAUCGCCUACGUGCACGUGCACGGGAGCAGCGUGAGCGCGAACGUGAACGGGAGCGUGAACGGGAGCUUGGGGAACCCUUUCUGACCUGUCCAAACUUCACUGAGUUUCGGAAGAUGUACAGGAAAGACAAAAUCUAUGAGUGCAAAGUGUGUGGGGAGAGCUUUCUUCAUCUCUCAUCCCUGAGGGAGCAUCAGAAAAUCCAUACUAGAGGAAACCCAUUUGAAAAUAAGAGCAGGGUGUGUGAGGAGACCUUUGUCCCUAGUCAGUCUCUCAGACGGCGCCAGAAAACUUACAGAGAGAAGCUGUUCGACUUUAACAAUGCCAGAGAUGCACUGAUGGGAAGCUCAGACCCCAGCGAGCAUCAGAAGAACCGUUCCCGAAGGAACUUCUUUGAGGGCAGAGGAUUUGAGAAACCCUUCACCGAAUCUCAGAAGAGUCAUACUAUAACAAGACCACCUGGAAACAAAGAUGAUGACAAGCCAUUCACCAUCAGUGUCAACCCUAAUGACAAGCUGAAAUUCCCCACCAUGGAAAAUGGCUCCCAGGGCAAAUCCUAUGAGAGGUCUGUUAUUCACAGCUUGGGCUCCGCAGACGCUCAGAAGAGUCAUGGUGGACUGGGGUUCAGUAAACCAAGACCAGUGGCAGAGUCUAGCACCCAGAGCUCAAGCAGCAUUAACUACCCCAGAGCACAUUCUGGAGGGAACGCCUAUGAAGGGAAAGAAUACAAGGACUCCAUCAUCCACAGCUUGCCAGCUCCCCGACCUCUGAAACGCCAUAGAGCAAAUGACCAUAUUCAAUGUGAUGAGGAGGGAGAAUCCUCCAUUUAUAUCCCAGAUAUUAUUAAUAAGCGGAGGAAGAUUCCUGCCAGAGAAGAUGCUUAUGAAGGAAGUAGCAGCAGCAACUACCACACACCAAAUGUAUCCCGUGCUGAGCCUCCAAGUCUUUCUGGAGAGUCCCAUGAUUCUAAGCAGGAUGUCACGUUUUCAGUUCCCAGCUCAAGUGUUCGUGAACACCAGAAAGCUCGUGCCAAAAAGAAGUACAUUGAGCCCAGGAACAACGAGACCUCUGUUAUCCACUCCCUACCUUUUGGUGAAUUGCUUGCAGGUCACCGUAGGGCAAAGUUCUUUGAGUGUCAGGAAUGCGGGGAGGCCUUUGCUCGUAGGUCUGACCUCAUUGAGCACCAGAAGAUUCAUGAUAGAGAAAGACCUUCUGGAAGCCGACAUUAUGAGCGCUCUGUCAUCCGCAGCCUUGCCCCCAGUGACCCUCAGACCAGUUAUGCCCAAGAACGUUUCAUUCAAGAACAAGUGCGUAAAUUCAGAGCAUUUGGACAAUGCUCAACUGCCAGCAGCAACCUCAGUGUACAGAAAAUCUAUGCCCAAGAGAAAUUUAAUGCCGAGGAGCCCCAUGAUAAAGAAACUCAUGGUCAAAACAUUCAUGACAAAGAGCCAUAUGGUAAGGAGCCCAGUGGCAAGGAGCCCCAUGGUGAUGAACCCCAGGACAAAGAACCCCUUGAUCAGGAGAUGCGCAGUGAAGAGCCCCAUGAUGAUAAGCCCCAUGACGAUAAGCCCCACGGCCAGGAGCCCCAUGGCCAGGAGCCCCACGGUGAUGAGCCCCACGGUGAUGAGCCCCACGACAAGGAACCCAUUGAUCAGGAGAUGCGCAGUGAAGAGCCCCAUGGUGAAGAGGAGUCCCAUGGCCAGGAGAAAGUUGAAGAUGCUACCAUUCAGGCCUCAGUUUCUGAAGAACAUCAGAAAGAUGAUGCUGGUGAUGCGAUCUAUGAAUGCCAGGACUGUGGGCUGGGCUUUACUGAUCUCAAUGACCUCACAAGCCACCAGGACACCCAUAACAGAAAGGCUCUGGUUGAUAGUCGUGAAUACGCACAUUCUGAAGUUCAUGUCCACUCCGUCAGCGAAUUUGAGAAAAAAUACUCUGGAGAGAAACUGUAUGAAUGUCCGAAAUGUGGGGAGUCUUUCAUUCACAGCUCAUUACUUUUCGAGCACCAGAGAGUCCACGAACAAGACCAGAUGUAUUCUGUAAAGGCCUGUGAUGACGGUUUCAUCGCUCUGUUGCCUGUGAGACCAAGGAGAAAUUGUACUGUAGAGAGGAAUCCUGCCGUUUCUGGGUCAGCCAUUCGAUGCCGUCAGUGUGGACAAGGCUUCAUUCACAGUUCUGCCCUAAAUGAGCACAUGAGACAGCACAGAGAUAAUGAAAUAAUGGAACAGAGUGAGCUGGCAGAUGAGAUUUUCAUUCAAGGCCUAGCCCUCACUGAGUAUCAGGGAAGUGAAACAGAAGAGAAGCUUUUCGAGUGCACAAUCUGUGGGGAAUGCUUCUUCACUGCCAAACAGCUCGGAGACCACCACACCAAAGUUCAUAAGGAUGAGCCCUAUGAAUAUGGGCCCUCCUACACCCAUGCCUCCUUUCUCACCGAGCCCCUCAGGAAGCACAUCCCACUGUACGAAUGCAAAGAUUGCGGGCAGUCCUUCCUAGAUGACACUGUCAUCGCUGAGCGCAUGGUGUUUCAUCCUGAGCGAGAAGGUGGGUCAGAAAUCGUAGCUGCCACUGCCCAAGAGGUCGAAGCCAAUGUCCUCAUCCCACAAGAAGUACUGCGAAUCCAGGGAUCAAAUGCAGAGGCUGCUGAGCCUGAAGUGGAGGCUGCAGAGCCUGAGGUGGAGGCUGCAGAGCCCGAGGUGGAGGCUGCAGAGCCUAAUGGAGAGGCUGAAGGGCCAGAUGGAGAAGCUGCUGAGCCUGAUGGUGAGGCUGAGCAACCCAAUGGAGAAGCUGAACAGCCAAACGGUGAUGCUGAUGAGCCAGACGGAGCCGGAAUCGAAGACCCAGAAGAGAGAGCCGACGAGCCUGAGGAAGACGUUGAAGAGCCAGAGGGAGAUGCAGAUGAGCCUGAUGGUGCAGACAUCGAAGACCCAGAAGAGGAAGGAGAAGAUCAAGAGAUUGAGGUUGAAGAACCGUACUACAACUGUCAUGAAUGCGCCGAAACUUUCGCUUCCAGCGCAGCCUUUGGCGAGCAUCUGAAAAGCCACGCCAGUGUGAUCAUCUUCGAGCCUGCCAAUGCUCCCGGGGAGUGCUCUGGCUACAUUGAACGGGCCAGCACCAGCGCAGGUGGUGCGGAGCAGGCAGAUGACAAGUACUUCAAAUGUGAUGUGUGCGGGCAACUCUUCAACGACCGCCUCUCACUUGCCAGACACCAGAAUUCUCACACUGGUUGAGUAUCCAGGCUGAGGAAAAAAAAGAGCAAAGCCAAACCUUCCUCCCAGAACCAGACCCUUAAUAAAUCACAAAGAGAGCCUAAACCAACCCAAAAUGUCUAUAAGAAAUUCACCUUAUUGUAUACAUACCGGACUUCACAUCACAGACUUUCACUCUCAUCACAGACUGAAAAAAGAAAAGAGAUUGAACGCAGGGACUCUCAGUUUUAGCUGUUCCCUAUUAAACACCAGUGUAUACUUGGGAAAGCUAGAGCGUACAUCUACAUCUUCCAUUUCAUCUAAGUAACUAGAUUGAGGGAAAACCUAGUGACUAUUCAAGACCACAGAGGUUGCCCCAAUCGACUGUAAAUGAUACCCCUUUCAUACCCUAUACAUAAUGAUUCCUGCCAUGUAUAUAAAUGAGCAAAUCAGUGAUACAUAUAUUUGGAUUUAGUGUGCUAUAGAAUUUACAGUUUACUCUACAGAGCUGCCUAGCCCGGUACUCUGAUUUUUUUCCCUGAGGAGGAAGAGAGCAACAAUUUAGCAUAUAUUUGUAAGUAUUGUCCAUGCAGAAGCUUUACUGUGCAUCGUUUGAACCCCAUUAGUAUCCUUUCCAGUAAUGGAGUGUUCUGUCCCCUACCUCUUAGAUAGUCCUGUGAAGGUAUGGGUGUGAAAGAUCGUGUGUCUUUGAAUCCUGGCUGUGUGGAAACAGACAUUUUAGCUUCUACAGCCAUCUGGUGUGCACCCAGCCCCCUUGAGACUGAUUGUGUAACCCUUUACAAUAUAUGGAUUUGUCUCUGUGACCCAAAUCAACCCAUCCCUGUGUUUAUAUACCUUACAGUGGUUUUCAUGCAAAAAAAA